CUGAACACGCACAAGGAGCUCGAGUUCCCGGCCGUCACGAUCUGCGCCUACAGUCCUUUCUGGAAGAACCAAGAAGAUGAUCCGACACUUUUAAACUUCAAGAAUCUCUUCGAGCUGAACGAGGACCUCGAAGGAGCACUCAAUGACCUCUUACAGCCUGUAGACACGAGCCACCAGACGACUGUUGCUCUCUCGUCUAACGACGACGACGACGAUACUAAACGGGACGUGGUGCGGAAUAACUGCAUCAAGCCCUUUGUCCAUCUCUACCCAAAUGAUGCCCAGAAUUCCUCAAGACUGAAAAGACAAGUGGAGGUAUCUACAUCAGCGCUCAAUUCAAAUUCAGAUGUAAUCACAACGGAAAUGGAUUCUAUUUAUUAUGACGCCUCACAAGUCGCAGUUGACAUAUUCAAUUCCUCAAGCACGAACCCUCCCACAUCUGCAAUGAACUCCUCAUUGAACACAAGCACCGAAGUCCCAACAAACACAGAAGCAAAUUCUGGUCUGACCUCCGAGACUCUUCCGUUUGAAGCGUCAACCCGAAAAUCUCACGGCGCAUCGACAACCUCUGGUUCCCAACUGGAGGUCAGCGUUCAUUCAACGACACGGUCUCCAGUUGAUGGCCGAGCCGAGAGUUCCACUCCGUUCGAUGCCUCUGAGGUUCCAAGGGAAGAGGACUACGACGACGACGAACUCCGAAAAAUCUUCGAAGACGAUGGGAUCCGGGUUGACUCAGGAGACGAGAGAAAAAAUGGAACGAGGAAAAUCAACAACGAGACCGUUAAGGUGGAUGAUUUUCUCUCAAUGAUGUUUUUGACCAGCUCCUACUCGUUGCGUGACUUCCGGGAAUACCUAAAUCUUGCCGACGCCAUCAGCGACAUCAAUAAGUCCAUACAGCAUUGCAGCUUCAAUGAUGUACCAUGCAAUCCUGAUGACUUCAGGGUCAAGAACGACUCAAACUAUGGGCAAUGCCUGACCUACAACUACAAGGGUGAUAAACGCGUUAGCCGUUCUGGGUCAUCGAAUGCGCUUCUCCUGAAACUGACCUGGAACGCCUUGAACGAAUUCAUUCUCCUCGCACCGGCAAAAGGAUUCCGGAUCACCCUCCACCAUCCAAAGUCUGAGCCAGACCCCCUCGGGGAGGGUUUCGACGUCGGCCUCAAUUGGAAUUCAUACGUUGGAAUGCGGAAGAUGAGUUUUGAACGCCUUCGUCCAGAUACAGGGGGGGAUUGCGCCUUCGAUUCCUACCUACAGGAACGCUUUGACCAAAGGAUUUUCAAGGUUUCGGAUGGAACUAAAUAUUCCAAGAUGCUCUGUCUAGAGCUCUGCAAGCUUUGGCGCAUACGUCAGAAUGCAACUACUCAGUGCUACUUGAAGUCUCCUCUUCUGCAAAACGAAGUGAACGUGUCGGAAUAUUGCAACCGGCAAGCUCGCAUGAAGUCCGUGGAUAUUCUGAAGAUGAUCAAUAAGGAUGAAGAUUAUUUAUGCUCCUGCCCGCAACCCUGCACGGAAGAGAGAUAUCAGUGGUCUUUGUCGACGGCGCAGACGGUUCCUCAGCACGCUUGGCUCUUGGACCUCAUCGCAUGGAUGAGGGUGAAGAAGGGGACGACUCUAGACAAGAAUAUUCUCAUGACAGAGACCUACUGCAAGCAACCCACAGAUGAUGCGAGUAUCGCCGUGGUGAAUAUCUACUACGAAACGAUGACGACGGAACGAAUUGCAGAAACUCCCAUGUUCUCGGUAGUGAGCUUCAUCGGUACACUGGGAGGGUUGCUGGGCCUCUACGCCGGUCUGUCCUUCGUCUCCGUUCUGGAAGUGCUGGAGUGGAUGUUGGACCUGGUCUUGUACGGUUGGAGGAAGCCGGAGGAAAAACUGGGAAGGAAGCGAGUGGCCAUCAUCACUUGUAUAGAACCCCUUGAGCUGGAACGAACAUCCACGAAGAUGGAAGCGCUGGGGUCAGGGGCCUCUUGGGGUGAGAUGCUCCAUAACUAUCGUCCUCACAGGGAAGCUCAGAGAGCAGGAUUCGAUAUCGUCUUCUCUGAUCAAGUGAUAUUCUAA